GUCUAAUUACAUUAUGCCUUAUCAUACCUUACCAUGUGAACAUCCAAACUUUGUUGUCCAUGAUAACUACAAAUAUGAACGUGUCUUAGGUCUUGGUGCCUAUGGUGUUGUAUGUUCUACCAUCAAUACAACGACAAACGAACGAUGUGCUAUCAAGAAAAUAUGCAACUUAUUCGAACGAUCCAUGUUCACCAAACGUGCACUGCGGGAACUAAAAUUACUAAAGCAUUUCAAUGGACAUAAAAACAUCAUUGGUUUAUUCCAUGCCGAUAUUGUAGAUAUACGAAAUUUCAAUGAACUUUACUUGUAUGAAGAAUUUAUGGAAGCUGAUUUACAUCAAAUUAUUCGAUCUGGUCAACCAUUAACAGAUGAACAUUAUCAAAGUUUUAUCUAUCAAACAUGUUGUGGUCUUAAAUAUAUUCAUAGUGCUAAUGUACUUCAUCGUGAUUUGAAACCAGGUAAUCUUUUGAUCAAUGCAGAUUGUGAAUUGAAGAUAUGUGAUUUUGGAUUGGCUCGUGGAUUGGUGGAUGAAAAAGAAGGUGAUACUGGUUUUAUGACUUAUUAUGUAGCUACUCGAUAUUAUCGUGCUCCAGAAAUCAUGUUGAGCUUUCAAAAUUAUACAAAAGCUAUUGACAUGUGGUCCAUAGGCUGUAUCUUUGCUGAACUGUUAUGUGGAAGACCAUUAUUCAGGGGCCGCAAUUAUGUGGAUCAAUUACAACAAAUAUUAUUUAUUCUUGGAACUCCUGAUGAAGAAACGUUAAGUCGUGUGGGAAGUCAAAGGGCUCAACUAUAUAUUCAACGUUUGGAACAUUUCAAGAAGAUUCCUUUUACUCAAUUAUUUCCUGAUGCUUCACCCUUUGCUGUUGAUUUAUUAGAACGUUUAUUAAUGUUUGAUCCGUCUACAAGAAUUGAAGUAGACGAAGCCUUGGAACAUCCUUACUUUUCUCUCUUUCAUGAUCCUGCCAACGAAAUUGUACACCAAUAUCCCAUGGAUUUCUCAUUUGAAUCCCUAGUUACCAGUGAAGAAAUAAAAGUCGAUUUGAUCAACGAAGUCAACACAUUUAAAAACAAAAAAUUGAAAUUGGAUAUGACUGGAUUACAAAGACAGCCAAGUAUUCAUAGUCCAACUCCUACACGUGUACAUUUCAACCAUACUGAAUCUUCCAAUACCGAACAAGAACAAGGCUAUGCUGAUGAACUGAUUGCAAGUCCUAGUCAAGUUGAUCCUAAUUUGGAACGUGAUCUGGGUGGUUUUUUAAUUUAGUAUAAUAUGUUAAUAAAUAAUCUAUUGUUGUUAUGUAGUAUGAAGUAGUUUAC